AUGGCCCGUAAACCAAACUUCCCUCCCUUCGUACCGGGGCGUAUCGUCCACGGUAAAUACAGACUGGUCCUCCGCCCCCAUAGGCCGAGCUUCGCGCUCGGCACUGUCCCAGCCGCCGACGCUGGGACAUCGCCUUCGCCCUAUGCGUCACUCGCCGCCACCUUUGAGUGUGUGACUGUCGAACAAGAUGCCGAGGGCACCACGAUCACCAUCACCAUCUCACAGGCGGAAGAGACCGCCCCAGACGAGAUCGAGGCCUUUGAACGGGUCAUGUCCUCCAUCAAUGCCGCCCGCUUCGUCGAUCUCGAGGUUAGCCAUGAGUUCGACGAGUUCUUUGAGGCCGGCGGAAGGCGGUACAAGUGCUUCGCCAUCUUCCACCGCCUUCGCAAUCCCACGUUGCGGCGGCUACGGGUCGAUGCCCGCUUCCGAGGCUUCGGCUUCUAUGACGCUAGGGGUCCAUUCCUGCAGUAUCCCGCUUGGCGCGGGCUGCAGACUCUUGUUCUCACAGGGAGUGAUGGGUCGCAGAACACUCAUCUGUCCCUUGUGCAGACAUUGCUCCUCCACAGCCGGAGCCUGUUGGCCAUUUGCAUUGGGCGCUGCGGCGGUGUGCUCCCCGGAAGGGCUUGUACGUGCUGGGACGACUGGGACCGUAAGGAGUUCAACUUCAACGGCAUGGCGAGGGUGGUCAAGAUGGGCUACGGCUCGUUCGAGCACAUUUGGCGGAUGGUCGCCGCCCACCGGAGAACAAUAAAACGGACCCAAGUCGCGGCGAUGAACUUGCUCCUGCUCGCCCAUUGGAGUCCGCUCCCGCCAGAGAUAUGGUCCAUGGUGGGCGAGUACCUCGAGGCGGACGGAAUCAUGGACGCGCCGCAGUUCAACCGUGCAAGGGAGUUGGUGCCACUCGCCACCCUGGCGCAGCGGGCGCUCGCCAUGCGUGAUGUCGAGACAGAGCAGUUUGGGGAGGCGCUGGAGGAGUGGCUCGCGGCCGAGGGUUUCUCGUAUGGCGCUGCAGCAGAUCAGGUGACGUCGACGAGUUCUACUGGACCCGUCUCCACCGACCCUUCAUAG